AGAAAAGACCCUUAACAAAAUCUUGCAAGUCUCUCUGUCUCUCUCCACUUGUUUUGUAUGUAUAUGUAAGCACAUGUUUGGAAGCCCUAUAUAAUUUGUCCCCAAGCUGUUCCACUCUCUCAUGGAACAAGGUAACACUGCAGAGAGAGAGAAGAGAGAGAGAGUUUAUGAGCCGAAAACCAAUCGAAAACAAACCCACCCACCAAAAUUCAUUGGGCUUCUCAAUUCUCACGACUCACAAAACCCACAUUUUCAAAUUUGAAUGCCCUCUUAAUAACUCUCUCACUCCCUCACUUGCCGCUCUCUCUCUCUCUCUUUGACUGCCUCGGCGUCUCCAAUUUCCCAAAAGCCUCAUUUGACCAUCACUCUCUCUCCCCUUUAUAACUUUCCCCCUCUCAGUCAUUUCAUCAAACAGUUUCCUCGCUGAUCUCCAAUCAUGACCACCUCCGCCCACGACCCCAUCUCCCUCAAGGUCAGGUUUCACGACCUCAGCAUCGACUCCAGCCCCAGCACUGACUUCUGCAGCUCCACCCCCACCGCCUCCGACGAGACCACCUCCACCGAAAUCAGCGACUCCUUCGUCGACAAGCAGAUAGACGUCAAGGAAUGCGCCGAGAGUGAGACCAGCUGCUGCAAUGGCGGCGACGCCAACGAGGCCAGUUUUAGGAGUCUCUGCCCCUCCAAGCCGCACAUGGCCAACGAUAGGAGGUGGGAUGCCAUACAAUGUGUGCAAUCCAAGGAUGGGGAGCUGGGAUUAGGGCAUUUCAAGCUGCUCAAGAAAUUGGGAUUUGGGGAUAUUGGGAGCGUUUAUCUCGCGGAGUUGAGAAGCAUGGGUUGCCUCUUUGCUAUGAAAGUGAUGGAUAAAGGGAUGCUGGUGAGUAGGAAGAAAGUGGUGAGGGCCCAAACUGAGAGAGAUAUUCUAGGUUUGUUGGAUCACCCUUUUCUUCCUACUCUGUAUUCGCAUUUUGAAACGGACAAGUUCUCGUGCUUGCUCAUGGAGUUUUGCAGCGGUGGCGACCUGCAUUUGCUCCGCCAGCGCCAGCCCGGGAAGCAUUUCACCGAGCAGGCUGCAAGGUUUUAUGCUUCGGAAGUACUGCUUGCGCUUGAGUAUCUUCAUAUGAUGGGAGUGGUGUAUAGGGACUUGAAACCCGAAAACGUUCUCGUUAGGGAAGAUGGGCACAUCAUGUUAUCCGAUUUUGAUCUAUCGUUGAGAUGCUAUGUGAAUCCAACUCUCCUCACGUCCGGUGAUGGUACAUCUUGUACAAUCUCCUCGUAUUGCAUCCAGCCGUCCUGCAUUGAUCCGGCCUGCAAACUGCCCGUUUGUGUCGAGCCUUCCUGUUUCCAGCCCUCGUGCUUCAAGCCUCGCCUCUUCACCUCAAAAGCAGUGAAAGCAAGAGGCGAGGGAACAAGGACAAGGACAAGGACAAGAACGCCUUUGGUGAGCUCGGAUUCUCUCCCCGUGCUGGUUGCAGAGCCAACUGCUGCCCGAUCCAUGUCUUUUGUUGGGACACACGAGUACCUAGCCCCAGAGAUUAUCAGAGGAGACGGCCAUGGCAGUGCUGUGGACUGGUGGACGUUUGGGAUCUUCUUGUACGAGCUUCUUCAUGGGAAGACGCCGUUCAAGGGCACUGGCAAUAGAGAGACGUUGUUCAAUGUUGUCGGGCAGCCCCUGAAGUUCCCGGAGGGCUCAGCGAUCAGCUUCGCUGCCAAGGAUCUGAUUCGAGGACUGCUUGCAAAGGACCCUCAGAAGAGAUUAGGAUUCAAAAGGGGAGCCACAGAGAUAAAGCAGCACCCUUUCUUUGAAAAUGUGAACUGGGCACUCAUCCGUGGCACGACGCCUCCUCAAAUCCCUAAGCCGUUGGAUCUCGCCUCGCUCAAUCAGACGUUGAAGUCGUCGUUGCUGUCGAGUAACAAGAGUGCUACGGAUUCAGAAAGGUCAUCUGGCCCUUACUUAGACUUUGAAUUUUUCUGAAACAUAAAGUCUCAUUGUUGUAUUAUUAUGUAUCCUUUGUGCUCAUCUCUUUCUUGAUUUCUAGUUCAGUUUUAGCAAUUCUUUCUCAUAA